AACAACGCAUUGGAUGUGGAGGUUGCUCGGGUUGUUAAUGCGAGCGGCUUCUCGAUGAGGGUGCAGAAAGUGAUGGAGGGUCAAAACCCGUAUCUGUCUGGUGGUGGAAAGAACAGGAGUCGAUCGGGUUCGACGUCGAGUCUUGUGUUGGGUGGAAUGCCAGACAGUGGUGGAUACGAGGGUGGAAUGGAUAGCACGGGCAGUAGCCCGCGCGUUGUGAAGACGAUUCGAGGCCAGUCCCGGUUGGCUGUGCAUCCUACGGAGAGUGGUGGAGGUGGUAGCCAGAAUGGAGAGGUUGGACGGUAUGUGUUUGGAGAUAUUGAGCCAAAGGUAUGCUACUGCCGUAUUCUGAGGAGCCGCAAGGUCAUGGUCCGAGUGGGAGGAGGAUGGUCCGAACUGUCCAAAUUCAUGGAGGACCACGCCUCGCUGGAGCAGAGGAAAGCCAGGUCGAAGUUGCUCUCGGCGUCGAACUCAUCGAUCUCUGUGGCAUCGCAAUUUGGAAGGUCUACAUCUGUGUUGAGCGGCACGGAGUCGAGACAACAUCUUCAUCCGCUUGAGGGAUCAUCGGACAGUCUGUCGGAUAGCCAGAUGAGCGGUGGUAGCGGAAGCGGCGAUGGUGAGGGCAAGACGAGGACGCGAAAGAAGAAGGAGCUGAUCUACCAUAUUCGAGGGAACGGCGAUGAUCUGGCGCUGAAGACGAUCAAGUUUGUCAAGGGCGGGGCCGGCGAGGGACUCGUUGCCAUCUAAGGAGGGUGAAAAAGACGGAUCUGUUGUGCAAGAGACCAAAGGAAAUAUCAUCAACAAAAAAACACCGGCAAUGGAAAGGAGGAGGGAUGGGUCGCGAGUCGACUUUUUUUUUUUCCUUCUUUUUUUUGUAGAGCUACAGCGACAAAGCAGCAUUAGCAUCGAGCAUGCCUGUACAGUAUAACAAGAUAAAGAUCGUAC